AUGGGCAAGAAGAGGCCCACGCUUAAGGGCACCGUCCAGCGCGGCUAUGCCACCACCUCCACUCCAAAGAAGGUCCAGGACCCACCGCCGGCUGCAGCAGCACCGGCCAAAAAGCCUGCUUCAAGCACCACUAACGCUUCCUCCGCAGCAGCUGUCGACUACGACAAGAUCAACAACGAGAGCCUCGCAGACAAUCUGUCGGCCUCCAAAUCGAUAUCUGCCGAUGGCAAAGGUAGAAAUGACCACUUUGACCCGGAGAAGGAGGAAGAGCAAGCACUGCAAAACCUCGUGGACAAGCUGCAAGACAGAGUCGAGAAGGAAGUCUCAAGGCAGCACAAGGCCAUCGAAUAUGACCGCAGAUUCGCAAAGACCCUCCCCAACUUUGAGAUGGAGCCCGAGUUGCGCGAUCAAGUGCUGGAGGUAGCUGCCGAGCUCAACAAACAGUCGAGUGCCACCACCACGACCAACACCACCGCUCCGCUGACCGACAAGACAGAUGCAACACCUUCUUCUGCCACACCCGCCACGACCGUUUCGGGCAGCACAGCGGUCUCUGGCAGCGUAACGCCGGUCAGCAUCGGCUCAUCGCAUACCUCACUCGCCAUGGCCACCUUGACAAAGGACCUUCACAAGCUCUCCGUCAACCAGCCCGGAUCGUCAACGUCAGCUUCUGCUUCAGCUUCGUCUUCAUCAGCGUACGCCGAGUCGGAAGACAAGAUCAUGGCAAGAGCGUUGACGACCUACCGGAUCCUCCUCAAGCUCGGCUUCUCAUCAUCACAAAUCGAGGACGCACUCUUGCAGUCCCCGUCACCCGAUGUGGAAGACUGCCUGUCUUAUCUCUACCUCGCACUCGAUGAGGAGUCACUCGAAGAUGCUGUUCGAGCCGGAGAAGGCAAAGCUGCCAAGAAGCGCCGCGGAAAAGAGGCAACCAAGAACGCCUUCCCUCCUCUGAAUGGUACCGCCGGGGACAAGGAGGACGGCGACGACGAUGACGAUGAUGACUACGACGAGAGUAGACCACCAAUAUACGAGGGCUACGAGUUCAAUCGCGCUGAGUUGCUAGGCAAGACCGACUUCGCUCGCACCGAUCAUGGCCUGAACGGGAGACAUGUCCCAGGCGCGGCUCCCCCAGAGAGUGCCCUCAAGACGGCCGCCAGCUCGGCAUCCGUGAAUGCUACUACGGCAGCAAAGGCGAAAAGCGAUCCCGGAAAGGUGCAAGCACUUCAGAAAGCAUGCUCCCGCCUCAUCCUCCAACUGAGUGACGACCUCGAGUCUAAGCAGAUCGACACGCUCGAAAAGCCAACAGCGACGUGGUCGAUCCUGCGCGCCAUGCAGAUUCGCAUCGACCAAGAAAAGUCAAAAUGGAAGAAGGAGCUCGGCAAAGAGGGCGAGUCGCACAUGAAGCAAGAGGAUGCCAGGCUCGAGCGCGUCCUUGGCCGGACUAAGGACUUCAUGCGCGAAUGUGAGCGUGGCGCCUACUUUGACCAGAAGACAGCGACCGAUGGUUUCCGCCAGGUACUCCGUCAGCGCGAAGAGAUUGAGAACCAGCUCAAAGCAGCCGAGGAAGAGGAAGAGAAGAAGCGUCAGCAACGGCGACGCGAGAUUGAUGCGGCAGCCGGCAUCGACACUCCUGCUCCGACAGCAGCAAGCUCUUCAGACGCCGGGCCGGACAACAAGGCUUUGCCUGCCGCGAACGUGAGCGAUGCUCAGAAGACGGAGGACGAGGCAGGAGCUCCGGCAGAGGUCAAUGGACACGACAAGAAACCCGACGUUGACUCCGACGACGAAGGCGGCUUCUUCGGCGAUCUCCUCAACGAGGGUCCGGUCGAGGACAAGGAUGUCGAGACGGGCGCCGUCAUCACCAUGCGCAACUUGCCCGCACGAGCCAAGAGCGGUGGCGGAGGUAAGACCCCUCGCGUCAUGCUUUCGGAUGCUCUCAAGCGUGCCGAUGCGUAUUCGACCUACAAAUUCUCCGUCAUUGCCUCCGGCGGACGAGUACAUCGCAGCAAGCUCACCAUUCGCUGGAAUGGAGGCAAGGUGGUACCCAACAAGAAUCCCAUUACCGCCGGUGCCCCCACGUACAUCGACGAGUACACUCUCACAAAUGUCGGUUGCUCCACGCAGCUUCAAGCGGAUGACUUCAUCGCCACCGUCGCUCUCUUCUGCAUCGAUCGCGACAAGGCCGUCCAGCGUGCCUUGCCUCCAGGCUAUCGAGAAUGGUGGGAAGAGCUCACCGGCCUGCAAAAGGACGAGCGCGAUCGCAAGAGCCGUACCCGCUUCCAGCGUGUACGAGAUGUCAUUCGAGUCAAGAUGGAAGAGUUAGCCGCAGCAAAGAAGGCCAAAGGCAAGAUCGCACCUGCAAGUGGCUCAGCAGCGGCACAGCAGACCGAACUUGGCGAGCUCUCGGUCGCAUCUGCGCCUCAGCCCUCCGAAGCUAGGGCCAAGGAAAUCGCCGAGUAUUUCACCGAUCGAGUGGCAUCCCCACUUUACCAAAAGAUGCUCCCGGGACGACAGAGCCUUCCUAUCGCAAACCACCGCCAGGAGAUCCUCGACCUGGUCGAGAACAAUCAGAUCUUCGUUCUUAGCGGUGAGACUGGAUGCGGUAAGUCGACACAGGUGCCCGCCUACAUCCUCGAGCAAUGCAUGUCGCAAGGCCGCAACUGCAAGAUCUACGUCACCGAGCCGAGGCGUAUCUCUGCCAUCUCGCUCGCCGAGCGUGUCAGCGAGGAGCUUGGCGAGCCUCGCAAGAGCGUUGGCGGCAACGACAGCCUGGUCGGCUACGCCAUCCGUCUCGAGAGCAACGUCGGCAAGAACGCACGCUUGGUCUACGCAACCACGGGUAUCGUACUCCGCAUGCUUGAAGGCACGGCGUUUAAUGAGAUCACGCACGUCAUCAUUGAUGAAGUGCACGAGCGCUCCAUCGAAUCUGACUUCCUGCUCAUCAUUCUCAAAACGCUCAUCGCACAUCGCAAGGACCUCAAGGUCAUCCUCAUGUCGGCCACCGUCGAUGCCGAACGCAUCAGCAAGUACUGCGGCGGAUGUCCCACCAUCGCUGUUCCUGGUCGCACGUUCCCCGUCAACGUGCACUACCUCGAGGACGCCGUCGAGAUGAGCAACUACAUCAUCGAAGACGACUCGCCGUACGCGUUCAGACCGAAGCGAGGGUAUCGCAACGGUGACAACAACGCUCGCAAGCAGAAUGCACCUGGCAACAAGAGCAAGCUGCAGCUUCUGGCACAAGCUCCUACGGAAGAGGAGGACGACGCCGCUCUGCUUGACGAUGACGACGAUGAUCCUGACGGUCAAGGCCCCAGCACGGGCAGUCUCGGCAAAGCCUAUCGCAGCAAGACGAUCGACACUCUAGGCAGGAUGAACGAGUACGUCAUCAACCACGAUCUCAUCAUCAAGAUCCUCGAGCGCGUCUGUAACGAGAAGGACCUCGAGCCGUACAGCGCAGCGACGCUGAUCUUCAUGCCUGGUCUGGCCGAGAUUCGUAAUUGCCACGACAUGCUUGUGGACCAUCCCACGUUUGGCGGAGCUGGCUUCCAGCUGUUCCCACUGCAUUCGACUAUUUCAUCCGAGAAUCAAGGCGCGGUCUUCAAUGUACCGCCUCGCGGUGUGCGCAAAAUCGUCAUUGCCACCAAUAUCGCCGAGACCGGUAUCACGAUCCCCGACAUCACCUGCGUCAUUGAUUCGGGCAAGCAUCGAGAGAUGCGCUACGAUGAGAAGCGACAGAUCUCACGCCUCGUGGAAUGCUUCAUCGCGCGGAGCAACGCCAAGCAGCGUCGCGGUCGUGCCGGUCGUGUGCAGGAAGGCAUCUGCUUCCAUCUAUUCACCAAGUACCGACACGACUCGUAUCUGGACGAGCAUCCGCUGCCGGAAAUGCUCCGUCUGUCCCUGCAGGACCUUGCGCUCAAGCUCAAGAUCAUGAAAAUCAAGAUCGGCGAUUCGAUCGAGAACGCGCUGUCGCAAGCACUCGACCCACCAAGCCCUGCCAAUGUGCAGCGUGCCAUCGCAGCGCUCGUCGAGGUCAAGGCCCUCACAUCGACAGAAGAGAUCACGCACCUCGGUAGACAUCUGUCAAAGAUGCCGCUCGAUGUGCACAUGGGCAAGUUCUUGCUCGUCGCCACCUUGUUCAAGUGUCUCGACCCGGCGUUGACCAUCGCAGCAGCGCUCAACUCGAAGUCGCCGUUCAUGACGCCGUUCGGGAAGGAGCUGGAAGCGGAUCGAGCCAAGCAGAGCUUCAAGCUGGGCGACUCGGAUUUCCUCACGAUCGCCAACGCGUUCAAUGGGUUCCGACGCUCCACGGCGCAAAACCACCACCGUACCUUCUGCAACCGCAGCUUCCUGAGCGUUCAGAACCUGCUGCAGAUCGAAGAGCUUCGUCAGCAAUACUUUUCGUACCUGAUCGACGCCGGCUUUGUCUCAGUCGACGAUGCCUUCAGGCAGGAGCUCAACAAACUGCGAUACCGCAGUGGCGGCUCAGCCAACUUCUCCAAGCCACGCUUCAUGACGCUCCCAGCCCAUCUGGACGCAAACUCAUCGAGCAUUGCCAUGGUCCACGCUACCCUCGCCGCUGGUCUUUACCCGAAGCUACUGCAGAUCGACGGCAAGACGUACCAGCUCAAGACGAUUGGCAACAAUCAGCCGACCUCGAUCCACCCGUCGUCGGUCAACUUCAAAGCCAAGAUGUCGGAACUGGUGCGCAGCUCGAGCAGCUACAUGCUGUACUACACGAUGAUGCAGAGCAAGAAGCUGUAUGCAUGGGAGACGGGACUGAUGGACGACAAAGCGGUGUACAUGCUGUGCGGUGACGGGGAGUUCCGACUGGCCUCGAACAGCCUCUACAUCGACAGGCAGAGGAUCCGAAUCGCCAGUGCGGAUCCGAAGACGCUCGUGGCACUCAAGACGCUGCGGGAGGGUCUGAGCAAGCUGAUGAAGGCGAGCUUCCGAAACCCGGGCCAGGAGUGGAGCGAGGGUCAGGAGAAGCUCUUCGAGCUGGCGUGCAAGGUGCUCGGCGUAGGCGCCAACGAGAAAGAUCUUGCGCUGCUUCAGUAG